CGAGAUAAACGUCAAACCAUGAAAAUUGGCAUUUAUACUUCUAAAAGUAUUUUGUGAAAAUAAAAGGUUAUGGCUGAAAAAGAUUUGAAGAAAUGGACGACAUUCUUUCACGAGGCUGGGAUACCAAGGGGACCAGCAAGCGAGUAUGCAACGUUGUUUUGUAACCAUCGACUUAAAGAUGAUUUGCUUGCUGAUUUAACCAAGGAGAUCCUUAAUGAUAUCGGAAUUACUGUGAUGGGUGAUAUUAUGUCAAUUUUAAAGCAUGCUAGAGCUGUAUAUGCAAAGCUUGAAAGAGAGAAAACAUCAAAUCAGUUGGUUGACAGCCCAAAACCUCUUGACAGAUUAACAAAUGAUGAUCCUCCAAUAAAGACAACAACUCUUAUAAAAAAGAAAAAAGUUGUUGCCAAGCCUUCACUCAAGCCCAAAUCAGAUCUUAUAGAAAAAGAAGCUCCAACAUCAACAACAAUCCAAAAACAAAUUCCAACAACACAGCCUAAAAUCACUGUUACUGUUGGUGAUCCACCAGUUGCAGCUAAAAAGAAACCUGCGAAAACUAGAAUGACAUUGUCAGAGAGGUUUGCCAGCGAACAAGUCCCACAACCAAAAGUUCCCCAGGUGUCACUGGGGAGAAGUGAUUUGGCUGAAACUGUUGCAGUUAAAAAAGUUCUUGCAAAAUCUAAGCCAGCCACGGAAAGAUUGCCACCCAAUAAUAAAGGGGCUAUAAACAUGACUUCAGUUAAACGAAAGUCUGCAUUCGAACGACUUGGAGAAGAUGAAGCAAGCAGUCUGUCAAGACACAUGGAAGAUUUAUCACCUAAAAUUAAAAUCACCAAACUUGCGAAACCACGAGUUAAAUCACCACCUAGUAAAGUGAUCUCUUUGGUCAAGAAUAAUGAAAGCUCAGUUUUCAAACGCCUUGGUGAAACAGACCAACCGCCAAAUUUGGCUUCAACAAUGCGUACAGAUGCUCUUACUAUACAUGCAAUCAGAGGAGCUGGUUCACGCAUUGUCUCAGAUGAUCCAGAAAAACCUGCGAAAUCCCAGAGUGUAUUACGGCCAUUGAAACCCAUCCGAGCUGUUCAGCCAGUCAAGCCAGUGUCAUCAGUGAAGGCCCGCAUAUCAGACAAUACGACAAAGGAAUCUAGCAGAAAGUCUGUGUUCUCAAGACUGGGUAGCUAAACCUGACUGACAAGAUUUUAAAAUGGUUGAAUCGGUCAAACCGUUUUUAGAGGAGGUUUAAGUUAUAGUCUCUUGAUAGAUGUCUACAAUGUUUAAACAGCAACAAAUUGAAUCAUUCCUGUUAACUAAGCAGCAAACUGAAAGUAACCAGAAAUAUAUUAUUUUUUAUUCACAUUCUAUUUGACACAGAUCUUUA